AUGAAGUUUAAGAAGAAGAAGAAGAAGAAGAAGAAGAAGAAGAAGAAGAAGAAGAAGAAGAAGAAGAAGAAGAAGAAGAAGAAGAAGAAGAAGAAGAAGAAGAAGAAGAAGAAGAAGAAGAAGAAGAAGAAGAAGAAGAAGAAGAAGAAGAAGAAGAAGAAGAAGAAGAAGAAGAAGAAGAAGAAGAAGAAGAAGAAGAAGAAGAAGAAGAAGAAGAAGAAGAAGAAGAAGAAGAAGAAGAAGAAGAAGAAGAAGAAGAAGAAGAAGAAGAAGAAGAAGAAGAAGAAGAAGAAGAAGAAGAAGAAGAAGAAGAAGAAGAAGAAGAAGAAGAAGAAGAAGAAGAAGAAGAAGAAGAAGAAGAAGAAGAAGAAGAAGAAGAAGAAGAAGAAGAAGAAGAAGAAGAAGAAGAAGAAGAAGAAGAAGAAGAAGAAGAAGAAGAAGAAGAAGAAGAAGAAGAAGAAGAAGAAGAAGAAGAAGAAGAAGAAGAAGAAGAAGAAGAAGAAGAAGAAGAAGAAGAAGAAGAAGAAGAAGAAGAAGAAGAAGAAGAAGAAGAAGAAGAAGAAGAAGAAGAAGAAGAAGAAGAAGAAAGUCAAGGUCAAGAUUCAAAAGGACGGUAACCGAGCUUCUUCAGGCCACUGCCUGUGUUUUGGGGAGAUGACGACGGGAGUCAGGAGAGAGGCAGCUUGGCAUACCUACCUUAGUACCUUCCAUGUAGAACUAAGACUAGCCCCGGGUCUCUGUACUUUGGCUAGAGCUUUAGCCUUUGACUGUAUGUCGACAAUUGUGGCCGGCCAAGAGGCUGUCCUGGCUUCGACCACCGGUUUCUUUUUGAUGGUAUCUUCCAAAUCUAAGACCAAGCGGGACUUCACGUCUCCUGUUUCUUCUAGCGGAGGCAAGAAAACUCAGGACCUUGCCCUUUAA